ACACAGCUCCUGCCUUCCCAAGGGCCUCCAGAGUAUCGGGAGUGUAGCACCAACAGUGUUUAUUGUAUCCACUGGGCCCUCUUCAUAGAGACUCACUGGGUGGUUACUCCACCCACCCCCCAGUUCCCGGAGCUGAUGCCUGCCUCCCCUGCUCUGGCCCCAUGGUGCAGGUCGUUGACCCUGCUUGGAAAACACUGGGCUGGCGUAUAUAAAGAAAGCAGGCCAGGUCUGUGUGCUCAGCAAUGGUGACUCUGUGGUGGCCCUGCCUUGUCUUGGCUCUGCUCUCUGGCUUGGAGACCUCUGGUUUUCCAAGGAGUCCCCUCCGGCUGCUUGGGAAACGGAGCCUUCCAGAAGGGGUGGUGGAUGGCAUUGAGAUCUACAGCACCAAGAUCAGCUGCAAGGUGACCUCCCGCUUUGCUCACAAUGUUGUCACCACAAGGGCUGUCAACCGCGCAGACAAGGCCAAGGAAGUUUCCUUUGAUGUGGAACUGCCCAAGACAGCCUUCAUCACCAACUUCACCUUGACUAUUGAUGGUGUCACCUACCCUGGGAGUGUCAAGGAGAAGGAAGUUGCGCAGAAACAAUAUGAAAAGGCUGUGUCCCAGGGCAAGACAGCCGGUUUGGUCAAGGCCUCUGGGAGGAAGCUGGAGAAGUUCACAGUGUCUGUCAAUGUGGCCGCAGGCAGCAAGGUCACCUUUGAGCUGACCUAUGAAGAGAUGCUCAAGAGAAACAAGGGAAAGUACGAGAUGUACCUUAAGGUCCAGCCCAAGCAGCUCGUCAGACACUUUGAGAUCGAUGCACACAUUUUUGAGCCACAGGGCAUCAGCAUGUUGGACGCCGACGCCUCAUUUAUCACUAAUGACCUCCUGGGAAGUGCCCUCACCAAGUCCUUCUCAGGGAAAAAGGGGCAUGUGUCUUUCAAGCCCAGCUUAGACCAGCAGCGCUCAUGCCCAACCUGUACGGACUCCCUCCUCAACGGGGACUUCACCAUCGUCUAUGACGUGAACAGAGAGUCUCCAGGAAAUGUGCAGAUAGUCAAUGGCUACUUUGUGCACUUCUUUGCACCCCAAGGCCUCCCAGUGGUGCCUAAGAACAUAGCCUUUGUGAUUGACGUCAGUGGCUCCAUGUCUGGUCGGAAAAUCCAGCAGACCAGAGAAGCCCUUCUCAAAAUCCUGGAUGAUAUGAAGGAAGAUGACUAUCUGAAUUUCAUCCUCUUCAGCACUGGUGUGACCACCUGGAAAGAUCACCUAGUCAAGGCCACACCUGCAAACCUCGAGGAGGCCAGGGCGUUUGUGAAGAACAUCCAUGAUCAAAGCAUGACCAACAUCAAUGACGGGCUGCUGAGGGGUAUUGAAAUGCUGAACAAGGCCCGAGAAGACCACCUUGUCCCGGAGAGGAGCACCUCCAUCGUCAUCAUGUUGACGGAUGGGGAUGCUAAUACUGGCGAGAGCAGAUCUGAAAAGAUCCAGGAAAACGUCCGGAAUGCCAUCAGGGGCAAGUUCCCUUUGUAUAACCUGGGUUUUGGCAACAAUCUGAAUUAUAAUUUCCUGGAGACUCUGGCCCUGGAGAACCACGGGUUUGCCCGGCGUAUUUAUGAAGAUUCUGAUGCCAGCUUACAGCUGCAGGGCUUCUACGAGGAAGUAGCUAAUCCCUUGUUGACCAAUGUGGAGGUGGAAUACCCUGAGAAUGCCAUCAUGGACCUCACCAGAAACAGUUACCCCCACUUCUAUGAUGGCUCUGAGAUUGUUGUCGCAGGGCGUCUGGUGGACAGGAACGUGGACAACUUCAAAGCAGAUGUGAAGGGCCAUGGGGCCCUGAAUGACCUGACCUUCACGGAGGAGGUAGACAUGAAGGAAAUGGACGCGGCCCUGAAGGAGCAAGGCUACAUCUUUGGGGACUACAUUGAGCGGCUCUGGGCCUACCUCACUAUUGAGCAGCUACUGGAGAAACGCAAGAAUGCCCAUGGGGAUGAGAAGGCGAACAUCACAGCAGAGGCCCUGGACCUGUCCCUCAAGUACCACUUUGUAACUCCACUGACCUCCAUGGUGGUGACCAAGCCUGAGGACAACGAGGACCAAACAGCCAUUGCUGACAAGCCUGGGGAAGCCAUCUCUUCGUCCGUGGCCUACCUGACCAGUCAGCAGUCCAGCCAUAGCCCCUACUAUUAUGUGGAUGGGGACCCCCACUUCAUCAUCCAAGUCCCGGGAAAAAAUGACACCAUCUGCUUCAACAUCGAUGAGAAGCCUGGCACGGUGCUGAGCCUUAUUCAAGACCCAGUCACAGGCAUCGCUGUGACCGGGCAGAUCAUUGGAGAGAAGGGCAGUAAUGCUUCUUCCAGGACAGGGAAAACUUACUUUGGCAAACUGGGCAUUACCAAUGCUUGGAUGGACUUUCGGAUUGAGGUGACCACGGAGAAGAUCAUCCUGGGGAACGGGGAUGCACUGAGCACGUUCAGUUGGCUAGACACCGUCACGGUCACACAGACCGGGCUGUCUGUAACAAUCAACAGGAAAAAGAAUAUGGUGGUGUCCUUUGAAGAUGGGAUUAGCUUUGUGAUCGUCCUACACCAGGUUUGGAAGAAACAUCCGGUUCACCAGGACUUCCUAGGGUUCUACGUGGUGGACAGUCACCGGAUGUCAGCACAGACUCAUGGGCUGCUGGGCCAGUUCUUCCAACCCUUUGACUUUAAAGUGUUUGACGUCCGCCCAGGCUCUGACCCCACGAAGCCAGAUGCCACAAUGGUGGUGAAGAGUCAUCGGUUGACAGUCACAAGGGGCUCCCAAAAAGAUUACAGGAAGGAUGCCAGUGUCGGCACCAAGGUCGUCUGCUGGUUUGUCCAUAACAAUGGGGAAGGGUUCAUCGACGGUGUCCACACCGACUAUAUUGUCCCCAGCUUGUUCUGAGUACACAUGCCAGCUGCUGCUGCAGUAGAAGGCCUGGAACAGGACACAGAAUGGGGCUUGUGGGAAGGACUGGGACAAUAAAGUGGGUAAACCAAAAUGGC